AUGCAAGCUGAAUAAGAAAUAGUUCUCAAGCUUUUGAUGACUGGUAAUGGUUCUGUUGGGAAAACAGUAUUUUUGUAGAAAUAUGCAAACGAUUCGUUUGAUGAAAGCUAUGUCCCAACUAUAGGACUAGAUUUUAAAAUAAAAACUUUAGAAUUAAAUGGUAAAUCCAUAAAAUUAUAAGUAUUAUUAUAAAUAUAAUAAUAAUAAGCUUUGGGAUUCUGCUGGAUAAGAAAGAUUUAUGACUCUUACAAAUUAUUAUAAAUCUUCUCAUGGCAUUUUUUUAUUAUAUGAUAUCUCAGAUAGAUAAUCAUUCAAUGAUAUUUAGAAUUGGCUAUAAAGUAUUUUAUUCACAAUAAUAUUAGAGGCAUAAUAGCUUGGACAGGAGGGUGUUCCGAAAAUGUUAAUUGGAAAUAAAACUGAUUUAAAUAAUUAAAGAUAAAUUACAUUUGAAGAAGGAAAAUAAUUUGCAGAUCUUUCUGGUAUAUCUUUUCUAGGUAUUUUUUUUUAUUUAAUAAAGAAACUUCUGCUAAAGAUGGAUUAAAUGUUUAAUAAGCUAUUUUAUCAAUGAUAAAUGAAAUCUUAGCAAAAUAAGAAAUAUAGAUAGAAAAAUAAUGA